UUGCUCAUAAUGAAUCACAGUUAUGCAUAGCAUUCGGUUCUAGAUUUUGUUAGCAUUAACGGCGGAAUAUAACCGUUCCGGCAGAAAAUAUCAACGUCGGCGAUGGAUAGGAUCGGAAAUUUACCAAACGAGAUCCUAAUCCACAUUCUCUCUUUCAUUCCCACCAAACAAGCCGUAUCCACAAGCAUUCUUUCAAAGAGAUGGAUUCAUCUAUGGCGUUCUGUUCCCAUUCUUCAUUUCUUCGAUACCAAAUUGAAAACCCUAGCAGACAAUUAUAGCUUCAACGAAUUCCUUUACUCCAUUAUACUCUUUCGAGAAUCCGCUAGUAAUCAUUCCGUCAACAGUUUCUUCCUCGACAUCGAAUACAAUUCGCCGAAACUCGCAUUUCGUCAUGGCAUUCCCAAUGUCAUAAAUUGGAUUAAUUAUGUAGUUGAACGGAAAGUUCAAUUUCUCAAUCUCUAUUUAGAUGUUGUUGUUGGUGGUGGUAAUAUUCAAAAACCCCCAAAUUUGCCUAUUAGUGUAUUCACCUGUGAAACCCUAGUGGUUCUUAAGCUUAAUUGGUUAUCUAUGGAGGAAGGUUUUUCUUUUAAUUUUGAGGGUUUUCCAUUGCUUAAAGUUCUGCAUUUGAAAAAAAUGUACUUUGAUGAAUAUGAAGAAUUUAUUUUGCUUCUAGCUGGAUGUCCUGUUCUUGAAGAUUUACUUGUAUCUGAUAUAAAAUUUCGGAGUUUGGAUUUGGUACCUGCUUUUGAAUUUGAUCAAGUCUUUAAAAGCUCAAGCUUAAACAAUUUGACUGAAGUGUAUAUUAGAGACUGUUAUUUUCAUUUUUGGGUGAAAGCACUUUCAAAUUCGAAGUUUCUGAGCAUAGGAUUUUGGAAGGACUAUCAUUGUAAUGACUUUCCUGUUUUCCAUAAUUUGACGCACUUGGUGCUUAACUAUAAUUGGGAUAGAGUUGUGGAAGUGCUCCGACACUGCCCUAAGCUUCAAAAUCUCAACUUUUGUCAGAAUAUGCAAAGUGGUUCAGAUGAGCACAUUAUAGAAAAUUGGGUAGAUCCGGAAUCUGUUCCACAUUGCCUUUCAUUAAACCUAACAACUUGCACUCUCUGGGGAUUUGCACUUACAAGCUUACAAGGUGACUUUAUGUUAGCAAGAUAUAUUCUAAAGAAUGCAAGAGUUUUACAAACCAUGAAAAUCUCAUGUGUUAGGGAAAUGUUGCCUGAAAUUGAAAAUAAAUUGUCCUCAUGCCACAGGGCCUCUGCAACAUGUCAACUUUCAUUUUAUCGACACCUCUGUAAAGAAGAAGAAGAAGAAGAAAUGCAGCGACCGAGAAUUUCAUCACCGACGGAUACAAUCAGCACUUUACCGGACGAAAUCCUUUGCCGAAUUCUCUCUUUCCUCACAACCAAACAAUCAGUUGCAACAACCGUUUUGUCCAAACGGUGGACUCAUCUAUGGCACCAUGUUCCCGUUCUUCACUUCCCUAACAUCACAAUCAACACCGUCGAAUCCAAUUUCCGUUUCAACGAAUCUGUUUACUCCGUUUUAACCUCUCGCGACACCGCCGCAGCCUCUCAUUUCAUAGACACUUUCCAUCUCGAUAUUCAAUACGGUAAUUCUCAUCUUGCUUAUAAUUUAGGGUUUCCCAAUCUCACCAAAUGGAUCAACCUCGUUGUUCAACGUAAACUUAAAUAUCUUCAUUUCAAUCUCCAUGUGCCACUUCCUUAUAAUUUUGUUGGUUUUCCAUAUCACCCAAAAUUGCCUGUUAGUAUCUUCACCUGUAGAACACUUGUAAGUCUUAAUCUCCGUUGGUUUCGUGUCGAGGGUUUUUCUUUUUCUUCGAAUGGAUUUCAAUUUCCCUCACUCAAAACUCUUCAUUUGAGAUUCGUUAAGUUUUCAGAAGUUCGAGAUUUUAUGUUGCUUUUAACUGGAUGUCCAAUUCUUGAGGAUUUGAAAGCUUCUCAUAUAUACUUCUUUUGUGCCGAAGAUUCUGUUACUGUUCAAGAGUUUAAGAGAUUAACCUUACCUAAAUUGAUUAGAGCUGAUGUGAGUCAAUGUUGGUGUUCGUGUUAUAUGGCGAAAGCACUUUCUACUUCGGUGUCUCUCUGCAUAGAAACAUCCUGGUUGUUGUGCACAAAAGACUACAGAGUUUACAAGGUGAAUAAACUGAAGCCGCCUUCUGAUGACAUUCCCAUCUUUCAUAAUUUAACGCACUUGAAGCUCCACAAUAAUUGGGAUUUGGUACUACAAGUACUCCACCAUUGCCCCAAGCUUCAAAAUCUUCAACUUUAUCAGGGGUUAUACGAGGCAAUGUUGAAUGAAGAAGAUGAUCAAGAAAAUUGGGUGGAACCAAAACUUGUUCCCCAAUGCCUUUCAUCAUACCUUAGAACUUGUACUAUUCAACACUUAUCAGGCCCAAAAUUUGAACUCAUGUUAGCCAAAUAUAUUUUGAAAAAUGCAAGACUUUUGCAAACCAUGACAAUCUGGACCACAAGGGAACUGCCUGAAAUUGAAAGGAAGUUGUCCCCAUGCCCAAAGGCCUCUGCAACAUGUCAACUUUCAUUUAUGGAUAGCGUAUAGACUAUAUUUGAGCCUCAGGAAACGGCUGAGUCUUGGUGGUUACUUGAAAGGAGAAAGACAGGCUUUUGACGAUUUCACACUGAUGCAUGAUUUAGCACUGAUUAGGAACACCAUGUAUAUAGAAUGCCCAAAACUUCACCUCUCUAUCUGCGAUCUCUCUCUCGCUCACCUUUCAGCUUCAAAUAUUGGAAUACUCCUGAUUAAAUGUUUUCUUUAUAUUCUCUCCCACUUUCAGUCUUGCCCUAAAUUUUUCCCUUUCCAUCUCUUUCGCCGGCGAGAAAAAAUGGUGGAAGAUCUGCCUUUGCAUUCUCACAUUGUAUAUCAUGGCAAUCCUCUGAAUCCAUUUAAGAUAUUAAACCUUGUACUUAGCCGUAAUUCCGCUGCCUUGUUAUUUUUUGCUAGACAAUAAUAAAAUAGUAGCUCCCCCAUCUGAAACAAUCCAUUGUUAAUAAGCUUGGAUUUUGCACUGCAUCUAUAGCCAUUAGAAUCCAUGUCUUCCAUGCCUAGGACAAAAGCCAAUGAGUUUUGUGAACUAUCAGAAGAUCUUUAGCUAAACAUAGUGACAACAAUCCAGUACUGCAGCUGUUCCACUUAGACUGACCCUCUUAAUGUUGCUUUGAAAUCCAAACUUGUUAAUGCAUGGUGUGAGAGGGAGAAUGGAACAAUUUGACACAAAGAUGUAAAUGCUCUUAAGAUGUAUAGUGUUUCGAAAGAAGAACCACCAAAUUCAACUCUGUUUUUAGUAAAAUACCAGGGGGAGCUCAUGAACAACUGCUUCUGGCAUGCAAACCUCAACUCCAAUAUCAGAUCUUUCCAGUACUUUUGUCUUUGGAAUCAAAGUCUAUGGUUUCUUGGUCAAAUUUUCACAAUUGCAAGUGUUCCUUGAAAUGGGAGUGCGACUCUAAAUUAUUAUCAAGAGACAAAUAUAACAGACAUGGUCAAGAAAAUAAUGUUAUGACUGCUGAUGAUUCUGUCACAUGGACGUGUAACUAUAUGAAUAACUUUCUGUUUUUUCUUCCUUAAAAGAAACAAAGUAUUUGUAACAAAUAGGAAAUUUCCAUUUGCAACCUAAACUGGAUUACAAUAA